AUGUUUAACACUAUUGGCGACACAUUUGAUGUCAAUUAAUAAUUAACAUAAACACAGAAAAUACUGACAAUUUGUUUACUCAUUGAACAAAAAGCUUUUAAUAGGAGUUGUACUGUCAUUGUCUGUCAACUACAACAACAAUAAUAAUAAUAACCAAAUCAGUGAUAAUUUAAUUGAUUUCACACAAUAUGGCCGACAGAAGGGCUGAACUCGAGAAGAAGAGAUUAAAAUUACAACAACUGAAGGAAGAGAAGGCCAGAAGGAUUCGGGAGAAAGAGAGUCAAGAAUCAGACACUAAGAGAUCGAGUAAGGACUUGGAAGAAGUGGACAAAAUUCUUAAGGAUAUUGGGAUUUCAUUACAAACUAAUGAUGACAUCCGUAGUGCACAACCUAAGUCUUCACUUGAUGUCAAUCAGUUAUCUUCACCACUAAAAGAUCCAACAAAUCAAUCGACAGCUCAAUUAGCUUCAGGCGAGAGGAAAACCUUUUCAAUCGUUAAUUUGAAUCAAACAUCAAUUGCUCCCAAAGAGAGUGUCACUUAUGAGAAGCAAACACAAACUAUUGGCCACAACACCGAUAGAGGAGCAUCGUUUGAUUCUCCGUUUGGAAAUCAAAAAUCAAAGAAAGGCGGUCCUCUCGACUACUAUGUGAUUCAUUGGGACGAAGAAUGGGAUGACGAGUUCCAAGUCCUCACAUAUGAUGACAUUCCUGGUGAAGAUGAAAACGAUGGCUCUUACUUUGGAACACCACCGCAAUCAUACAAUAGGUCUUCCAAUUUACCGAACGUCGAACCGGUCAGACCGGCACAGACUAUGCAAGAGAUUAACAAAGAAGAGGAGAAAAAGCCGGUAAAGAAAGAGUAUACCGAAGAAGAGAAAAGACAUAUUAUGAUGAAAGAGGAAUUCAAAAAGUUUAUGGAUCGGGCAGUUAGGGUCACCGAAAGAGCACUGUAUUAUAAUGAACCAUCCGAUAUAUUUAUCGACUAUACCGGUGCUCGUGAAGAUUAUGAAAGCGAAGACAAGAGUGGAAACCGUUUAGUAUAUAAUCGUUGUUUUUAUGACGAGCGAUGGUGUAAGGGUCGUACUAUCACUUCAUUUGAUUGGUCGACACAAUAUCCCGAACUUCUUGUUGCUUCAUAUAAUAACAAUGAGGACAAUCCCAAUGAACCGGACGGUGUUUGCCUUAUUUGGAAUAUGAAGUUUAAAAAGUCUACUCCAGAAUAUAUAUUUCAUUGUCAAUCACCGGUAAUGUCCACAUGUUUUGCAAAAUUUCAUCCAAAUUUAAUACUUGGCGGCACUUAUUCCGGACAAAUUGUUUUAUGGGAUAAUCGGUCUAAUAAGCGAACACCAGUCCAAAGGAGUCCAUUAUCAGCGUCAGCGCACACUCAUCCUGUUUAUUGUAUUCAAGUGGUCGGAACACCCAAUUCACACAAUGUGAUUAGUGUUUCAACUGAUGGAAAGCUGUGCUCCUGGAGCUUAGACAUGUUAUCCCAACCACAAGACACUAUGGAAUUGAGUCAACAAAAGCAGUCACGACCUGUUGCUGUGUCUUCAAUGUCUUUUCCUUUAGGAGAUUAUAAUAAUUUCAUAAUUGGCAGCGAAGAAGGAUCAGUAUAUACCGCUUGCCGUCACGGAACCAAAGCCGGUAUUUUAGAUGUGUUUGAUGGACAUCAGGGACCUGUUACUAGUGUCGACUGUCACUCAGCGCUCUCACAAAUUGAUUUUUCACAUCUUUUUCUUACGUCAUCCUUUGAUUGGACACUUAAACUAUGGUCAACUAAAGAGAGUAAACCAUUGUAUUCAUUUGAGGACAAUUGUGAUUAUUUGUAUGAUGUUUCUUGGAGUCCAAUACAUCCGGCAUUGUUUGCAAGUGUUGAUGGUAUCGGAAGAAUCGAUUUAUGGAAUCUUAAUAACGAUACCGAAUUGCCAACCGCUUCGACAAUAGUUGACGGAAAUCCAGCCUUAAAUCGUAUUGUUUGGAAUAAUGCCGGCAAUCAAGUGGUUGUUGGCGAUGAUGUCGGCAAGAUUUGGAUCUAUGAUGUGGGAGAGCAAUUAUCGACACCAAAAGGAGAUGAGUCGACAAGAUUUUUGCAUACAUUACAGGAACUCAAGAAUAAUGCCGAACCCGAAUCCACUGCAGAUUACGGCACAGACACUGCAUAUUCAAGUUUGUCUUCAGCCGCUUCUUUAUCUGCUUAUUCUUCACCACCGAUUCCCAUACGAUAAAUGUAUUGUUAUAUUUGUUAUAUUUAAUAAUUAGGAUUAUCAAUGUAAAUUUAUUUAUAUUAUAACAAUAUUUUAAAUAAAGUAAAAUAUUA